UCGAGUCCGCUCUCUAAAGCAGAGUGACACUCGUGGAACAUUCCAGAACUACGUUUCCCGGCAGCGGUGCGUGAAGCAGCUUCAGGCGUGGUCUUUUCCCAGCAUUCCCUGUUUACUUCCGGGUUUCUAAUACAGAAGGGAGAACGCCAGACCAGAAAAGGGACCUCGGGUACCUUCCCGAGCUUGAGACCCCCCAGCGCUCCCCUCCUGCUCCCCGCAGACCUUCAUCCUCGCCAUGGCCGAGCUGAUCCAAAAGAAGCUGCAGGGAGAAGUGGAGAAAUACCAGCAGCUACAGAAAGACUUGAGUAAGUCCAUGUCAGGAAGGCAGAAGCUGGAGGCACAACUAACAGAAAAUAACAUCGUGAAGGAGGAGCUGGCCCUGCUAGAUGGGUCCAAUGUGGUCUUUAAACUGCUGGGUCCAGUGCUGGUCAAACAGGAGCUGGGAGAGGCCCGGGCCACAGUGGGAAAGAGGCUGGACUAUAUCACAGCAGAAAUUAAGCGAUAUGAAUCCCAGCUUCGAGACCUUGAGCGGCAGUCGGAGCAACAGAGGGAGACUCUAGCCCAGCUUCAGCAGGAGUUUCAGCGGGCCCAGGCAGCAAAGGCAGGGGCUCCUGGGAAGGCCUGACCCCCAUAGUGGGGGGAGGGGAGGGGUGGGAUGGGAAUGAGGCAGCUUCUAGGGUCUAUAUUAUAGUAGCUAAUAAAAUGUUAAAA